GACGCUGGUGUUCAAAUCCUAUUAUCCGCUAGCUAUCGAUUGACAGUCUCGGUUACAGACCUAAAGUAGCUUAGUUUGCGGUGUGUUUCGAGGCGAAUCAUGGCGGGAGUGUUAGACGCGCUUUGGGAGGACAGAGAUGUUCGCUUCGACAUCACACCACAACAAAUGAAAACCAGGCCGGGUGAGGUACUCAUCGACUGCCUAGACUCAAUUGAAGACACUAAAGGAAAUAACGGCGAUAGAGGAAGACUCCUGGUAACCAAUUUAAGAAUCAUAUGGCAUUCUGUCGCCUUGCCAAGGGUUAACUUAUCUGUGGGGUACAAUUCUGUCAUAAACAUCACUACAAGAACAGCAAAUUCAAAACUGAGGGGGCAGACUGAAGCACUCUACAUCUUAACUAAAUCUAAUAACACAAGAUUUGAGUUCAUCUUCACCAACGUCAUUCCUGGAAGUCCAAGACUCUUUACAUCUGUCAUUGCUGUACACAGAGCUUAUGAGACUUCCAAAAUGUACCGGGAUCUCAAAUUAAGAGCAGCUUUGAUUCAGAAUAAGCAGCUGAGAUUACUGCCACGUGAACAAGUGUAUGACAAAAUUAACGGAGUUUGGAAUUUAUCAAGCGAUCAGGGUAACCUGGGCACGUUCUUCAUUACUAAUGUAAGGAUAGUGUGGCACGCCAACAUGAACGAAAGCUUCAAUGUCAGCAUUCCUUAUUUGCAAAUACGCUCUAUAAGGAUUAGAGACUCCAAGUUUGGACUUGCACUUGUAAUCGAGAGCUCUCAACAGACAGGUGGAUAUGUACUGGGUUUUAAAAUCGAUCCAUUGGACAAGUUGCAGGAUGCAGUGAAGGAAAUAAACUCUCUUCACAAGGUCUAUUCUGCAAAUCCAAUAUUUGGUGUUGAAUAUGAGAUGGAGGAAAAGCCCCAGCCACUGGAGGAGCUAACAGUGGAGCAGCCUCCUGAUGAUGUGGAGAUUGAGCCUGAUGAACAGACUGAUGCUUUUACAGCAUACUUUGCUGAUGGCAACAAGCAACAAGAUCGGGAGCCAGUGUUCUCUGAAGAGCUUGGGUUAGCGGUGGAGAAGCUAAAAGAUGGCUUCACACUUCAAGGACUCUGGGAGGUCAUGGGUUAAAAAGAUGAAAUUGUACUCAAUAGUAGUGCUCAAUGUAAAUUGUUACUCAUGAGAGUAGUUAAAGACGGAAUGGAAAAGUUUUCUGGUUCAAAUUCUGGUUGUUUUAUUGUUUACACACAUUUCUCUCUACUAUGUAGUAGCAUUUAUUUAUUUGCAAAAUUAAGUUACAUAUUUGUGUAUAUAAUGUAAAAAUAGAUGAUUUAC